AUGGCUUCAUUGCAAAGCGCCCCGAGUUCGCCCACACAGCCUCGGAACAAAAAGGGUGGUUUCAUUGUUGCGGAGCCACCGAAAUUCGACCUCGAGUCAUACAUUCAAAAUUAUCAGGGACGAACACGACUUGACCGACUUAUAUACAUUGGUGUCUGCUCCACGUUUCUCGGUGUCGAAGCAUUGAAGCUUGCAGUACGAGAAGCCAAGGCAGGCAAGGACAUCCGCAAAUACUUCGAAGCCCAAGCGCACCUGGAAACUAUUGGCCCUGAAGAACCUGAGGCUGUCCGAGAUAAAUCCUGGAUCGAUCGAGUGUCCAAGCAGAACGAUGCGGAGACCAAACGUUUGGAGGAGGAGCUCAAGGGGUAUAAAAAUAACUUGGUGAAAGAGAGUAUUCGAAUGGGUAAUGAAGAUUUAGGCAAGCAUUAUCACGCUAUUGGCGAACUUCCGAAAGCCUUCGAAGCCUUUAGCAGAAUGAGACAGGAUAUUAGUGCCUCGAAGCAGAUUAUCGAUGUCAGUCGGCAUCUUAUCAACGUUGCUGCGGAGCAAAAAAACUGGAUCGCUAUAAACUCGAAUGUACAGAAGGUCAAGAGCGCUAUAGCUGGAACCGCAGAAGAAGCUUCGGUACAGCCAUAUCUACAUGCUGUACAAGGACUAGCACACUUCGACGUGGGUGAUUACUCAGAGGCAGCAAACUCAUUUCUCUGGACGGAGCCCGGUCUGGCACAGAGCGCUGCGACCAUCAUCAGUCCAAAUGAUGUAGCCGUCUAUGGCGGUCUAUGCGCUCUAGCGACUAUGGAUCGAAAUCAACUGCAAAGAAGAGUUUUGGAAAACUCUAGUUUCAGAACAUAUCUCGAGAUGGAGCCACAAAUCCGCCGGGCUAUUAGCUUCUUCAUCAACAGUCGCUAUACGAAUUGUCUGCAAGUAUUAGAAAGCUACCGUGCAGACUAUCUUCUGGACAUUUAUUUACAUCGACAUAUCGACGAAAUAUAUCAGCUGAUCCGAGGCAAGUGUAUUGUUCAAUACUUUAUUCCAUUUUCGUCCGUCACUUUGGCGAGUUUAAAUUCGGGAUUCGCGCCGCUAGGGAAAACUAUGGAUAAAGAGUUGAUCGCUAUGAUUCAACGAGGAGACCUCGAUGCUAGAAUCAACACAGUCGAUGGUUUACUUGAAUCAAGAAAAGUCGAUCCCCGUGCGGAACUUCAACGAGAAGCUCUCCGCAUGGCAGAAGACUAUGAGAAAGAAGCUGGUCGACGAAUACUUCACAUGCACAUUUCAAUGGCCGGUAUCGAAGUUAAAUCGCCGAAACGUUCACAUGGCGGUCAGGCCGAUGCUGCCUUUUUCCAGGAUGAGGGACACAGGCUCGGAGGUGGUCCUGGCAAUCGUGGGCUUCAAUAUUAG